UCCCCUCCGUGGUUUCAGGAAGUAACCUCCCUUCCCCUCUGAAGCACUCCCCCAGCCUUCUAGCCCCCUGCGAACCAAGCUCCUUCCCACCUUCAGCAUCCUGGGGCACCUCAGGACUCUUGGGGCUCCUACUCCCCGGGGUCAGGCCAUGGAGGCAGAUGCCGUGAGUGAAGGGGGGGCUAUGGCGGAGGAGCGGCCCCCCCGGCUGGUGGAUUACUUUGUGGUAGCUGGGCUCGCUGGAAACGGAGCUCCUAUACCUGAGGAAACAUGGGUUCCUGAACCCACUGGGCCCCUGCGCCCUCCCAGGCCAGCAGAGCCUAUCACAGAUGUGGCAGUCAUCGCUAGGGCACUGGGCGAGGAAGUGCCCCAGGGUUACACGUGCAUCCAGGCUUCUGCUGGGGGCCACCCCUUGGAACUCAGUGCUGGGCUCCUGGGUGGAACUCAACCAGUCAUCUGCUACCGUAGGGGGCGUGACAAGCCCCCCCUCGUUGAGCUGGGGUGUGUACCCCUACCCAUGCACCAGGGAAUAUUGGGAGGGACCUUUAGGGUGUUGUAUGAGGGGAAGGAACGACCCAAGCUUGGUUUUCAAGUGCUCGACACGACACCAUAUAGCCACUCGGCCAACCUGGCCCCUCCAGGCCCUGGACACCCCCGCACCUACCUCAUGUACCGGCGGGCAGCAGAGGGGGCAGGGCUGCAUGCCCUGGGCAUCACUGACCUCUGCCUGGUACUGCCCAGCAAGGGUGAAGGCACUCCUCAUACUUACUGCCGGUUGCCCCGCAAUCUUAACCCUGGCAUGUGGGGCCCAGCAGUAUACCUGUGCUACAAGGUGGGCCUGGCUAAGGCCAACACACUGGUGUAUGAGGCAGAGCUGCUGGGCCGCUACCCAGAGGAGGACAAUGAGGCAUUCCCGCUGCCCGAGUCAGUGCCCGUCUUCUGCCUGCCCAUGGGGGCCACUAUCGAGUGCUGGCCUGCCCAGACCAAGUACCCGGUGCCUGUCUUCUCCACCUUUGUGCUCACGGGUGCUGCUGGUGAUAAGGUGUAUGGUGCCGCCCUGCAGUUCUACGAAGCGUUCCCUAGGGCCAGGCUGUCAGAGAGGCAGGCACGGGCACUGGGCCUGCUGAGUGCUGUGGAACGGGGCCGGGCACUGGGGGGCCGAGCUGUGCGCAGCCGGCGAGCCAUUGCUGUACUGUCCCGCUGGCCUGCCUUCCCAGCCUUCCGAGCCUUCCUUACCUUCCUUUACCGCUACUCGGUCUCAGGCCCUCAUCGCCUGCCCUUGGAAGCGCACAUCUCACACUUCAUUCACAACGUCCCAUUCCCUUCUCCACAGAGACCACGCAUCCUAGUGCAGAUGUCUCCCUAUGACAACCUGCUUCUCUGUCAACCUGUGUCCUCACCCCUGCCCCUCAGUGGUGCUAGCUUUUUGCAGCUGCUGCAGAGCCUGGGCCCUGAGCUGGCUAUUACAUUGCUGCUGGCUGUGCUCACAGAGCACAAACUGCUGGUCCACUCACUGCGACCAGACCUGCUCACCAGCGUCUGUGAGGCCCUUGUCUCAAUGAUCUUCCCGCUGCACUGGCAGUGCCCCUACAUUCCGCUGUGCCCGCUGGUGCUGGCGGAUGUGCUGAGUGCCCCAGUGCCCUUCAUUGUGGGUAUCCACUCCAGCUAUUUUGAUCUGCACGACCCACCUGCUGAUGUCAUCUGUGUUGAUCUUGACACCAACACACUUUUCCAGACAGAAGAAAAGAAGCCCCUCUCCGCUAGGACCCUGCCACGCAGACCCUACAAGCUUUUACUGGCUACACUGACAAAUUUGUACCAGCAGCUGGACCAGACUUACACUGGACCAGAGGAGGAGGCCUCCCUGGAAUUCCUGCUGACAGACUACGAGGCAGUGUGUGGCCGUAGGGCACGCCUGGAGCGGGAAGUCCAGGGAGCCUUCCUGCGCUUCAUGGCCUGUCUGCUCAAAGGCUACCGGGACUUUCUGCGCCCCCUCACCCAGGCCCCCUCUGAGGGCUCUCGUGAUGUUGACAACCUUUUCUACCUUCAGGGUUUCCUCAAGUCCCGGGAACGCUCAAGCCACAAACUGUACUCUCAGCUGCUGCACACGCAGAUGUUUUCACAGUUCAUUGAGGAAUGCUCUUUUGGCUCUGCUCGGCAUGCUGCCCUUGAAUUCUUUGACUCUUGUGUUGACAAGGUCCACCCAGAGCAGGAAAAGCCGGAGCCAACACCCUUAGUGGAGCUGGAGGAGCUGUCAGGAAGUGAGCUCACUGUCUUCAUCACACCCCCAGAGGAGCCUCCAGUACUGGAGGGCAGUGAAUCUAUACCACAGUACUGUUACGAUGGGUUCCCAGAGCUAAGAGCUGAGCUAUUUGAGUCUCCUCAAGAACAACAGGGGGCCUUGCCUGUGCCAGGCCCAUCUCGUAGUGCCCCUAGCAGUCCUGCCCCUCGCCGUACCAAACAGGAGAUGAAGGUUGCACAGCGGAUGGCACAGAAGUCAGCAGCUGUGCCUGAGCUGUGGGCCCGGUGCCUUCUGGGGCACUGCUAUGGACUGUGGUUCCUCUGCCUGCCUGCCUAUGUGCGUUCAGCACCCUCUCGGGUACGAGCACUGCACACAGCCUACCAUGUUCUGCGUGAGAUGGAGAGCCGCAAAGUGGUACUCCCCGAUGAGGUGUGUUACCGAGUACUGAUGCAGCUCUGCUCACACUAUGGGCAGCCUGUGUUGUCUGUUCGAGUCAUGUUGGAGAUGCGGCGGGCUGGCAUCGUGCCCAACACAAUCACUUAUGGUUACUACAACAAGGCUGUGCUGGAAAGCAAGUGGCCGUCUGGUACACCAGGUGGGCGCCUACGCUGGGCCAAGCUCCGGAAUGUUGUCCUCGGAGCUGCUCAGUUCCGCCAGCCCUUGAAAGAACGUUGGCAGCAGCAGCAGCGGCAGCAGCAACAGCAGCGGCAGCGGCGGCGGCAGCAGCAGCAGCAACAGAUGGCCACGCACCAAGAAAGAGGCAGCUCUCAGACAGAGUCCUAUCUGGAGCGCCCCUCCCCAACCCGCCCUCUUCAGCGCCAGACUACCUGGGCUGGCCGAAGUCUUCGGGAACCAGCCUCACCUGCUGGGCGCCUGGUCAAAAGUGGCAGCCUAGGCAGUGCCCGAGGGGCACAGCCUACCGUGGAGGCUGGUGUGGCUCACAUGAUAGAAGCCUUGGGGGUCCUAGAACCCCGUGGAUCACCUGUGCCUUGGCAAGAUGGAAGCCUUUCAGACCUGAGCCUGACAGGGGAAGAGCUGGCAUCUGGGGGCAGUCCAGGGGGCUCAGGCUCGGCCCUGAGUGCCCAGUCCACUGAGGCCCUAGAAGGGCUAAGUGGGAGAGGUCCCAAAACUGGAGGAUGGCAGGAGGAGGCAGGCACCCCCAGAAGAGGACUGGGUGCCCGCCUUCAACAGCUGCUCACUCCUUCCCGCCGCUCCUCUGCCUCCCGCAUCCCCCCACCAGAGUUGUCCCCUGACCUUCCUCCUGUAGCCCGUCGCAGUCCCAUGGAUAGCCUUCUGUGGCCCCGAGAACGCCCUGGAUCCACUGCUUCUGAGAGCUCAGCCUCACUGGGCAGUGAGUGGGAUCUCUCAGAGUCUUCUCUCAGCAGUCUGAGUCUCCGCCAUUCCUCAGAGCGCCUCAGUGACACUCCUGGACCCUUUCAGCCACCUUCCCUGGAAAUUCUGCUGUCUAGCUGUUCCUUGUGUCGUGCCUGUGAUUCACUGGUGUAUGAUGAGGAAAUCAUGGCUGGCUGGGCACCUGAUGACUCCAACCUCAACACAAUUUGCCCCUUCUGCGCCUGCCCGUUUGUGCCGCUCCUCAGUGUCCAGACCCUUGAUUCCCGACCUAGUGCCCCUAGCCCUAAGUCUACCCUUGCCAGUGCCAGUGGUAGCAAAGAUGCUCCUGUCCCUGGGGGUCCUGGCCCUGUGCUCAGUGACCGAAGGCUCUGUCUUGCCUUGGAUGAACCCCAGCUCUGCAAUGGACAUUUGGGGGGUGUCUCCCGGCGGGUUGAGAGUGGGGCAUGGGCAUACCUAAGCCCCCUGGUGCUGCGUAAGGAGCUAGAGUCGCUGGUAGAGAAUGAAGGCAGCGAGGUGUUGGCAUUGCCUGAACUGCCUGCUGCCCACCCCAUCAUUUUCUGGAACCUUCUGUGGUAUUUCCAACGGCUACGCCUGCCUAGUAUUCUACCAGGCCUAGUGCUGGCCUCUUAUGAUGGGCCCCCACCCAACCAGCUCUCCCAGGCACCAUCUCCUUGGUUAACCCCUGAUCCAGCCUCUGUGCAUGUGCGGCUGUUGUGGGAUGUCUUGACCCCUGAUCCUAACAGCUGCCCACCUCUCUACGUGCUCUGGAGGGUCCACAGCCAGAUCCCUCAACGGGUGGUAUGGCCAGGCCCAGUACCUUCAUGUCUUAGCUUGGCAUUAUUGGAGUCUGUGCUGCGUCAUGUUGGACUUAAUGAGGUGCACAAGGCUGUGGGGCUUCUGCUGGAAACUCUAGGACCCCCUCCCACUGGCCUGCACCUGCAGAGGAGCAUCUAUCGUGAGAUCUUAUUCCUGACAAUGGCAGCUCUGGGCAAGGAUCAUGUGGACAUAGUGGCCUUCGACAAGAAGUACAAGUCUGCCUUUAACAAGCUGGCCAGCAGCAUGGGCAAGGAGGAACUAAGGCAACGACGGGCACAGAUGCCUACUCCCAAGGCGAUUGACUGCCGAAAAUGUUUUGGAGCACCUCUGGAAUGCUAGGGCCCUUAAGCUCCCCUCUCCAGCUUUGAGUGGGGAGGUGAGGGAGAAAGGAUUCUAGAUAUAACCUGCUUCCCUGUUCCCUUCAUAGAGGAAUUGGGAACAAUGUGGGAAGUCUGUUCAGCCAUAUGCUCCAAGAGGGAACAGCAGAAGAGGAGUCAGUGUUACCAAAAGUCGCAAUUCCCCUAUCUCCAACCUGCCCAGUUUGUUCAUGCUGAUGUUGGGAGAACGGAAGAAGUUGGCACAACUCUCUUCCUCCCCUGUCCUAUUCAGGAACUCCUCUCCAGGGCCUUGACAGGUCUGCAGUGCCCUGGUAGUCUUAGAAGUUUUUGUUUUAAAAAACAACUGGAAACAAAACAAAACAAAACAAAAACUGGAAAGGUACAGGGCUUCUGAGCCUUUGCCCUGAAUGGAAGGGAGGGAUCCCAUUCCCCACCAGUGAUGGACUCUUCCCUGAUGUUGCUGAAGGAGCCCAAGGCUCUCCAAACCUUUCAAUCAUAGUGUUUGUAUUUUAUUUUAAGUUAUUUAUUCUGGAGCCACAGCUUCCAUGCUUCUGAGAUGCUCAAGGAGAGUAAGGAAGAGAAGGGAAUUACGGUGCCACUGUUUUGUAGCUCCUUGAAGGCCAGGCACUGGGACCUGGAGGAGUCUCAAGCUUCCCUUAAGAACUGGUGCCUCUAGUCCUGACCCUUCUUGUUCACUCUACCUUGGAGAAUGCCUCACCCAUCCAUGGCCUUGACCUGUGCAAUAAGGAUUGUUCCCUGCAAAGUUUUGUUGGAUGUAAAUAUAAUAAAAGCUGCUUCUGUCUUUUUU